ACAAUAUGUCUUAUCCCAAAAGAAAAGUUCCAUUGCUAUAUUUGCAUCUCUCUGCUAGUAAAGCUCUCUCUGAUUCUUAUGCUGGUAAAGAGAGUGAUGGGAAGUUCCGUCCAGCAGUUCACAGUCCCCCACAAGAACCUUUCGCUGGAUAUAAAGGGGAACAAAACAGACAUAGUCAUUUGCAGUUAUGAUGACCAUAUUUUGGUGAUUGCUACCCAAAUAGGGACCAUGGGGACAAUACUGCAUGCCAGGAAGGAGGAAGGGGUGUCGAUCCACCCCACUUUCAGUGUCUCUGUAAUAUUUGGCAAACGAGAUGAGGCAAUGCUCGUGGCAUGUGCUAGGCAACUGAUUGAACACAUAAGUAGUUCAGGUUCCUCCAGGCCAUUGGUGCUGUCUCUUGGCCUUAAAGACCAUUCCAUGGAAACACUUAAAGGGAUUGUUUCUGCUGUAGUUGAAAAUCGAACGUGGUAAAAAAUUACCCCUUUGGAUUCCUAACUUAGCAUUUCCAUCUGAUUUUCUUGAGACUUUUCAUGGAUGUAACCUUGGAGCAUCAGUGAUGACAAUUUCAUUCAUGAUCUGAGGAUAAACUCCUCCUUUUCUUCUCCUCACUGUAUUAUUUCUUUAUUUUCUUUUCCUUUAGUUAGGAAUACAAAUCUUGUAGAUGCUUUCCUUAUUUUCAAGGAAAGAGUAUUGAAUAAUUUCCCCUUGAUAAAUGACAUGAUCUUGAAUUUAAAAUUGGAAAAAGAAAAACAAGAAAUAGUAUUUAUGUUAAGAC